AUGUUGCUCCCUCCUAUUCGUCUCCGUUACGACACCAUCAGUCUACAGGGUACACUCUUUGAGGACGUGCGCGACUUUUCUAGUAGCCACAUAGAUGCCGAUGUGUCAGCGUUCUUCGUCGCAAACCCAACUCAGGCCGCGGCCAACGUACGGGAGUUAUACCGUCACCGGACACGGUCCCGCGUCAAUUCGGAGUUGAACAGUCACACUCGCAUUCUCCUCGAUUUACUCAGGUUUCCCAUGGACACCACACCUUCCGAUACGGAUUGCAAUCGAGUUUUACGGGUUAUUGAGGACUACAAUGUCCUCUCACUACUCGUGGAAGUGCUGUCAGAAGAUGACUUUCUCGAAGAGGAUUCGGACUUUGUUAUCACCGUUCUCAACAUCAUCUACCAUGUCUUUCUGAUUGCCCAUCGCGUUUCCUCUUCAAAGGAUCCACGUUUCAUCGUCCUGUCUUCUGCAUUUUGCAGGGGCAUGGAGCGAUGCCGUUUGUGGUUUGAGGCAGACCGGGUAGCAAUAGCUGGCACAUCGCUGUAUCAGGCCAACCGACAAAUUCGCAGAGCUCUUCUACCCAAUAUACUGGUGCUGCUGGCUGAGGACUUCUUCCUCGCUACGCCAAGCCUACUCAAACUCACACUCCUAUACUGGAUCACAAGUCCCUGCGUAGACAGUCUCAAGGACACGGAUCCCAUCGUAUCACUCGUCCUGCUCCAGUACGUGCUGGCGGAAGACAAGACGCAAUGUAGUACUAUUUGCGAACUCCGGGAAGCCUUCCGUUCUUCGAUUAGCCAGCACAUCCUUCCGACGUACGGGGCUGACCGGUUCUUGGAUCAGACGGCGAAGAUGCUGCGCAAUGAAGGUUGUAUCAGCGAUGAUGCUAUGGGGUACCUUCUUCCCAUCGUCGUGACAUCGAUUACAAGCCAUCCGGCGCUACUCACGAGUUCAACAUUGUCCGACGUCCUCGAGGCAAUGCUUGAACUCACUGCCCAGCCGCCCGUGAGGGCGGCUCACCGUCUAGAACGCCGUGCAGUAUUCGAGUUCCUCAAUAUAUGCUUGCAUAUCUUACGAGUCAGACAAGAUGACCGUGCGAUUAGUCCCCCCGUAGCCACCAUCACCCGCCAUGGGCGACUCUUUCAGGUCCUGUCGCGUGGGCUCUGCAUCUUUGCCACGGAGCCUCUCGUUGUCACAGAGUCUGGAGCGCGUCAAGAGGGUUAUGCCACCUGUAUGGAGUAUUUGGCCACUUUCGGUGCAUGGGCUUUGGCACUGAAUACCAAGAGAACCGGAAAUAGACCGCGCAAGGCUAUGAGACACGUACUGCGAAGAAACUGGUACCCGACCCUGCAAGUCCUGCGCAGGACCCGCGAUCACUCGCAGUACGUGAAUGAACACGACCGUCUGACCAACUCCUGGGGUGGACUUGGUGACGUCCUGGGAAUCAGAGAGGACGAUAUUGAGGCGGAGACAUCUCAGGAAACCGAGCUCUGUGCAUGGAGGGGCUGUCUCAACCACUACGCGCCUACUGGGCAGGAUGUCAAGACUUGCAAAGGCUGCGGGGAAGUCAGUUAUUGUGACCGUACCUGUCAACGUUUGGACUGGAGCAACGGUCACCGACGUGAAUGCAGGCGACUCGGUUGGUUGGACUAG